AUGACUGGAAAGUCUACGGUUGCUGAAUCAUUAGAUGAUGAUCACUCUGUUACCGCAACCUUGCACGGGAUCAUCAAAAAAUCUCAAUGGCUCAUCCAUGCCAAAUCCGUAGCUUCCCCAGAACCAUUGUCGGACAACAAAUCUCCCGGGUUUCGAGUCGAUUCAGAUUCCUCUAUACACUUCCCCCUCCAACUGUCUCUCACUACACCGUCACCACCGUUGAGCCUGGUAGGAGUAGGCGUGCGGAAAGUUUCAUUUCUCCGCAUUCAAGUCUACUCCGCGGGCUUUUACCUUGAUGAGAAGGUGGCGAACAGUUUGCGCAGUGUGAAGGGGUGGAGUACCUUCACUGCUCAGCAUUUACUUACGCCACCUGUCCCCGCGAGCGAAGAUUUGGAAUCGCCCCGACUCUCAGGGGAGGGAUUGGUGAGGACUCUGUUGGACAGUGGAGCGACCUGCGCGGUCAGAAUAGGUAAGCAGUCCCUGAACCCUGAUAUUCGAGAGAAUAGCUCAUGUGAGACAGUACCGGUCAGAAAUACGGACUUUGGGCACCUUCGUGAUGGGUUCACCAGGGCUCUGACCGCACGUCAGAAGCUGGCUCGAAAGUCUGGCCAAUUGACAGAUGCAGAUGAAGAUCGAGUCGCCGUUUCGAUGCAUCAAUUCAAAACGAUAUUCCCCGCUGGGUCUGUGCCCAAAGGCAAAUCUCUCGUGCUCUACCGCUCUCCAUCUGGGUUGACAGUCGAGUACGAGGGAAGAGCGCUGGGUACGGUCAACGACUCGUGGGUGGGAACGGAAAUGAUGCUGGCAUAUUUUGCCGACAAGGAUGUCAUUUCACCCAAAUUGAAAGAAGACGUCGCUAGAGGUUUAGAGGAGAGAAUGAAGGGAUAA